GUUGGGAAAAAUUAACUGUCGAAUUAUUAAAAAUAGCGGGAGAUGAUUUUUUUCAGAAAAUGUAAACAGUUUAAUACUCUAAAGCUUAGCGAUAGCAUUUGCAAACAUUCUUCACACAUCCAAUUAGUGUGCCAGAAAAAAAAACGAUAUACGUCAGAGAAGUAUUGCUAUAAAAACGUAUGUUUCGAAAUGUUGUUAACCAUCGUCAAGAGCAUUUACAACUAGUGUCCAAUUGCCAUUAGCAAUUCGAGAGUGAAAAAAGAGAAAUGAGAUGAAACACAUUUCCGAAUGCCGUUAUCAUGGAUAGGAUUUUCAGUAGGUACAAAACCAUUCUGUAUUUAUCCUCUGUUUAGGAUGACAUUUUUAUGCACGGGGUCUUCACUGAGAUAAUACAAAGGGUCAAUGGUGGAGUAGUACAAAAAUUGCCUUUUAUCAGCUCGAUAUUAGCGAUUAGAAGGAAACGUGUAAAGAUUAAGUUAUCCACUUCCUUCGCCGAUUGUUUAAUUGAAUUCGUUUCUGUAAAUAGAAGGUUUCGUCGCGUAUGACGUUGAGAAAAGGUAUUUUGAUGGUAGUCUGUCAUAAUGGCGGUAUAACAGUAAUUGUUAUUCAGAAUCUAUACCUGCUUCUGCUACUAUAACAAUAUACAAAAUGAAUAGCAGCGCCUGUAGAAUUUCUCACAAUUUGUCCUAAAAUGAGUGAGCAAGAGCAAACUUCGAGCAAUGGGAGAAGACUGUUAGAAUUAUUUGCAGCAGUGUGGUUUAUGUCCUUUAACAUUUGGGGUGCUCUUAUCGGUCCAAUUAUUAUCGUUUUCCUAAUUUUUACUAGCUCAAAGUUUUGGAUAUUUGUAGUUGCAUACCUUGUAUGGAUCUGGGUUCUAGAUAGAAAUACUGCGGCCGAAGGUGGUCGACGAUGUGAGUGGAUGAGAAAGUGGAAACUUUGGGCGCAUUUUAAAAAUUAUUUUCCGGUAUACUUAAAACAAAGCGUGGACUUUCAGUUACAACCGAAUAAAAAUUACUUAUUUUGUGCAUUCCCGCACGGUUUACUUUCAGUCGGGGUGUUUUCAAGCUUUGUGACCGCCAGUGAGGACUUUGCGCAAUUGUUUCCGAAACAUAAACCGUAUGUAUUUACUUUCGAUGUGAAGUUCAGACUACCCAUAUAUCGGGAAUACCUGCUGUCUAUGGGUAUGUGUACAGGAACACCGGAUUCACUGCAUUCUGUAUUGGGUACAAGGAAAGGAGGUAAUAUUGGGGUGUUGGUGGUCGGAAGACCGAGUCCAGAAAAUUAUCCUAGAAAUUAUACUAUUGUGCUAAAAAAUCAGAAAGGGUUUGUAAAGCAAGCUAUAAAAAAUGGUUGUGCGUUGGUUCCCGUCAUUGCGUUUGGCGAGGAUGACAUCUUUAGACAAAUAGACAAGCCAAAAACAACUUUCUUUAGGCCAUUUCAGGACUUUUUUCAAAUUUUUAUGGGAUUAGCACCUUCAGUUUUCUUGAAGAACGGAUUACUUCCGAAACGCAAAGCGAUACACGUUAUAGUGGGACCGCCAAUGGAGGUGAAACGCAUGUCUCGGCCAUUACAGAACGACGUAAACGUUGUCCAUAGAGAGUUCCUAGUCAAUUUAGUGGAUUUAUUCGAAAAGCACAAAUACGACUACGUCGAUGAUCCUGAAAAUACGUAUCUCAUUUAUUGUUAAAUUAUUUGUUGAUUUUCUACGAAUGCGUAAAAAUUAUUAUUUGAAAUUCUCCGGUUUGAGAAAAUCUCCAUUCUUGGGUCAACGUAUUCAGGUCUAUGCGUUUUAGCAGUAUCUAGUUUCAGUUAAGCGAAUGGAAAUUUAUUUAAAUAAUAUAGGAUCUACUAUUCUGUAUCGUUGCGUGCUGAACGACUAGCUGCGAAAUAACAGAAGCUAGCUACUAGGAUAAAAGUGCCAUCUUGGCGGAUUUCUAUCAAUCACGACACCAUUUAGGGGAGCGGAAGCUGCCGUAUUAUGAACACCACAAGUCGUUCAGUUUUCUGGGACGUGCUCUAUUUGUUUUUAGAUAUACCUUUUGAAUGUAAUGUAACGUUUCACGUAAGAGGGUAAAUUUUA